AUGGCGCUGAAACAGAACAUCGAAUCCCUCCCGAUGGAGGUGCUCCGUGGCGUAUUCUCUCAAAUGGGCGACAAGGAGUCCAUCAAGCAAUCCCGCCUCGUUUCUCGGACCUUCAACGACGCGGCUGCUCCGUAUCUCAUAGACGAGGCGCAUGUCCGCGUAACCUCCAAGUCUUUAUCACGACUUGAAGAGCUCUGCGACCAUGACAUAUUCUCCAAAUCCAUCACUGACGUCACUAUCCUUCUCUCCCAGUACGACGUCGGCAUGGCCGCGGACCGGUCUCUCUUCAUGCAGGAUUGCAACGGGCGCCUACUUCGGAAUAUGGAGAUGCGCGAACGCAUGGGGGCCUAUAAAUGGCGUCGCAUAGUCGCCGGUAGGUGCGGCAAGAGAAACCCUCCAUUCAGCUACGAGGAUAAAAACAGGGAGGAGGAUCUCCAGAGAGAGAUUGAACAGCAACUUUGGAAACUAGUGUACUCCAAUCCUGUGCUCCUGAUGGUAUCAGAAGAAGAUUUCCAAGAGGAAGAAGCCGAUCCGUUUCAAAAGGUCGCCAUGCGAAUCCACACCAGAUAUAAGGAACGAUGCGAUGACCAGGAGAGGGUAAGGCGGGGGAACAGCCACGUUGACCGCAUUUGCUCUGCGUUGGCCAAGCUCCCGAACCUCUGCAACCUUCUCCUCCACGACCCAUACCUUGUAGUGGACGACGAAUUGCAAGCUUCUGAUUUCCCGGAUCUCGGGUACGAUCGGAGGAUGCUGGAACACUUCGACUGUAUGCUCUCGCCUUCGCGGUGGUGCGGCUCGUUUACCACAAACUCUACUAUUGUCCCGCCAGUUGAGAUGCUCGGAGAGCUCUGCGCCCGGCUCGGUCGGAGCCAGAUCAAACCUCGAUCAGUAUGCGUGAAACUGAACGCACCCGCGGACCUGCGCCGCAUCACGUUGUCAGAGGAUCAGCAGGCCGGCCUCAAACUUCUCAUGUCCAAAGCCACCUAUGCCAGGCUGGACGUGGACGGGUGGGAAAGGACACGUGACGGGAUGGGGGAAAAUGAUCGGCCCAGGGAUGAAAUGCUCGCCCUCUGCUCCUUCACCAAGCCCUUCUUUACGGCUCCUAAGCUGGAAAAAUUAAAAAUCGUCUUUCCCACUUAUACGUACCACUUUAACCCCCCCGAGGUCGGAAUAUCUGAUAUCCUACCCCUGGAGAGCCCUUGGCAGCACCUGGAUACUCUGACUCUCUUAUACCAGCCCGCCAAACUCGAGGAUCUGAGCGCGCUUGUCGCUAACCAGGGAAACACCAUUACGAAUUUUCGGUGGGACCACACUUGGCUUCUGACUGGCCGUUGGGAUGAAGCUGUCGAGGUGCUACGGGGUUUCCGAAAGCUCAGCAAGGUAUCCGUGGACUACCCGAAAGGUGGAUGCUGUAAAUCACCAAGCAGUCGUAUAUUUAAGACACCGCACGAGGAAAUCUGUCGCUACAUCCUCAAGGAAACGGAUGUCAAUCCUCUGAUCCCUGAGGAUACAAGCUAG